AGGAAGACACCCAUCGUGAGAGGCACAGAUUGCCCAAGGGCAAGUUUGCUCAGCUCACCCAGCUUUGCUCUUGCUGGGCCAAGAGGACUCAUGUGCCAGGGCCAAGGGCCCUUGGGCGCUCUUGCAGCUGGCUUAUCAGGGCCUUGGUUCUGGAGGGCCAGGAACAAACAGGCUUCAAAGCCAAGGACUUGGCUGGCAGGAGAGGGCCGGUCCUUCACCUCUGUCCCCUCUCCCUACCGGCACAUAUAAGACCCCAGUCCCAUCUGGGAGCUGAGGAGAGGAAGGUCCUGCAGCAAGAUGGACCUGGGCAGCAAAGAGGUCUUGAUGGAGAGCCCGCCGGACUACUCCGCAGCCCCGCAGGGCCGGUUCCGCAUCCCCUGCUGCCCUGUGCACCUCAAACGCCUUCUCAUCGUGGUCGUGGUGGUGGUCCUUGUCGUCGUGGUGAUUGUAGGGGCCCUGCUCAUGGGUCUUCACAUGAGCCAGAAACAUACUGAGAUGGUCCUGGAGAUGAGCAUUGCGGGGCCGGAAGCCCAGCAACGCCUGGCCCUGAGUGAGCGUGCCGGCACCACUGCCACCUUCUCCAUUGGCUCCACUGGCAUCGUAGUGUAUGACUACCAGCGGCUCCUGAUUGCCUACAAGCCAGCCCCGGGAACCUACUGCUACAUCAUGUCGAUGGCACCAGAGAGCAUCCCCAGUCUCGAGACCCUCACUAGGAAGCUCCAGAGCCUCCAGGUCAAGCCUGCAGUGCCUCACUCUGAGCUGGGCCAGCCGGAGGGUCAUGACCCUGGCUCGGAGUCCUCCAGGAACCUGGACUACCUCGGCCCCACCCUGAGCACCCUGUGUGGCGAGGUGCCCCUCUACUACAUCUAGGCCCCUCAGAGCCUGCGGACCCCCAAAAGGGACAGGAGAGAUCCGUGAGCAAAGGGUCUUUGGCAAACAGGCAGGAAGCUGCUCCUGCUACACGAUAGGGACUGCCCUGGAGUGAGGAGCUGUAGGAAGGGGUGGCAGCCAGCAGGGGAGAGGUGGCUACUAGGGGCCAGGGGACCUAUCACACAAAAAUAAAGCAGCCUGAUUGAAAAAUAAA